AUGGAUCCACUAGCGCUCGCUCGUGCUGCCGCUGCUAAUGUCACGGCGAGACUUGCUUCCGCGCAUAAGUUUGAGGCGAAUCUGCCUAUCAAUGAUUAUGGUCGUGAAGUGCGCGCUUUGGUUAUGAAAGGCACUACGCUAGCUGAGAUCGCCUCCAGCACCAACACAAGCAUCACGCAAAAGGGAAGAUUCUAUCCCACAGGGGAAGAAGCCUCUUGGAGUGAGAAGCUACGUCUUCUCGUUGAAGGACAGACAUUCGGGGAUGUGGAGAUGGCGAUGAGGAAGUUGGGAGCGUUGUUACCCGGGGGAGGAAUGGCGUUUUCGGAAAUUGAAGGGGAGGAAGAGAAGAAGAUUCUCUUUGAGCCGAAGAGCUGGAAUGUUUUCCGGCUUGUGUUGCCUGGGUAUCGCUGUCGGAAAUGUCGGGUGGAAUUUUGGACUGUGGAGGAUGCGAGGGGGCAUUUUGAGAGGGAUAAUGCUGCUGGGUUGUAG